AUGAUGGCUUUCAAUAGAACCAACAUCAGAACCGUCGAAGAAUGCUACAUGAGCGAUCCCAUGGACCAGGCCAGCGGCUACCUCGAUAUCGGCCCAGGGACCUAUGGUAUGAGCCCGCAAUUAUGCAACUCUGUGAAUAUCAACACAUGGCCAUUCUCGCCACUGUCUUCUCCAGAAAGUCCAUAUCUUAGCACGCCGCUGUCAAGCACAUAUCAGGACAGCAGCUGGAACCCCUUCGACCGUAAUUUCGGCUCUCUGAUAACACCAAACUCCACCGGCUUCAAUACACGAGAAGAGCUCGCCACUAAAGCAUACAAUAACGUCCCUGGCUUUCAGCAAACAGAGCCAGGGCCCGCCGCUCCAGUAGCACCACAUAGCAGUUGCGUUUCGGCAUCGCAAACAUCAGCAACCCUGUCAAACGUUUGCUCUCCAAAUGAAAACUCAAAUGCCUGCUCGGUCCUAGACGUGCACACCGGCUCGGGCGGGUUUAUUCCUACCAGGAAAACGUCAGCCUGUAAUACGAAGCAUAACAAACAGUCUAGAUCUCAACAUGAGCCGGGACCUACGAAAAAGAGUGCUCCUCAACAGCGGUUACGCUCAACUUCGACCGCUGUUGCAUCGUCUUCCCGUCCCAAUGUCUCCUCAACAUCUUCGUACAGCUCCAAUUCCCCACCGAAACACACCCGUCUGAACCACAAUCAUGUCGAAAAGCAGUAUCGGAAUCGGCUGAACGGCCAAUUUGAGACGUUGCUGUUGGCUCUGCCAAGGGAAGGUGGGGCAGAUGGAAAUGGGAGGAAGGUCAGUAAGGCCGAAGUGCUGGUGCUUGCAAGAAAGUACAUCCGGGAUUUGGAGAGAGGUAGAAAACGAUUGGAAGAGGAAAACGAGAGAUUGGUCGGUAGGAUGGGGGUGUUGAAGAAGAGGUGGACUGAGUCGGGUGGGGUGCUACUUCCGUAA